GCGGAGAUGUUUAUCACCGGCUCAAGAGCCGGCAGAAGGCGCAAUUCCCCCACAGCGGGACAGUUGCUACCCCACAUUAUUCUUUCCUUCCCUUUGUUUUACCUAGGUCCUAUGAGGUAGGGAUGUUGGGGAUCUCACUCAUUGCUCCUGGCGGCUUAAGAUUCUAUCCUAAUUCAUCUACGUCACAUUGAGAAUCAACUAGGGAACAUCAUUUCCUUCUGCCUAGGUGCCUGUUCCUAAAUAGUAGUUGAGCUGUUGUAUAAGUGGUGUACGUCUUUGAAAUUGGUAAUCCCGAUUUUCGGCAGAUUAUAAAUCCCCAAGAUGGUUGCCGCGGUUCGAGUGGCACCCACUGCUGCUUCAAGAGCAGUCAGUUUAUUGCGAACUGUCCAGUACGCUCAUCCACCAAAUUGUCCAUGCCACUCAAAUCCGGGCCAUCACCAUCAUCAUGCGAGACCUCACAUUGACGCAUAUGCUCAGCAUACCCAGCAACUAACUGGAAGACGCGGGUUUGCUUCUCCUAUAGAUCCUUCUCAGCAGAAAGAGUAUGCGUUCGAGAUGGCCGCCUCGUCAAUCCGAUUUGGACCUGGCGUGACUCAAGAAGUUGGUAUGGACUUCAAAAAUAUGGGUGCAAAACGCGUCUGCGUCGUGACCGACUCAACUGUGCGAAAACUCACUGCUGUAAAGCAAGUCGAAGAGGCCCUAUCAAGAGAAGGUAUCAAAUAUGAAAUAUUUGAUAAAGUCCGCGUCGAGCCCAAGGAUAGUUCCAUUAAGGAGGCUAUUGCUUUCGCCAAACCGUAUCAGCCGGAUGCAUUCUUAGCAGUUGGAGGAGGCUCAGUCAUCGACACGGCCAAGUUAAUGAAUCUUUAUACCGAGUACCCCGACGCUGAUUUCCUGGAUUUCGUCAACGCUCCUUUAGGCAAUGGGCGGCCGAUUGAGAAGAAACUUAAACCCCUUGUCGCCAUCCCCACCACAGCCGGCACCGGCAGUGAGACUACCGGAACGGCAAUCUUCGAUCUGGUGGCGAAGAGAGCCAAGACCGGAAUUGCACACCGUAACUUAAAGCCCACCCUCGGCAUUUGCGAUCCACUCAACACGAGGACGAUGCCUUCGGCAGUGAAAGCUAGUUCCGGAUUAGAUGUUCUGUGUCACUCACUCGAAUCGUGGACAGCGCUUCCCUUCAACGAGAGGGUGCCUAGACCGUCUAACCCUAUCCUAAGACCCGCUUACCAAGGUGCAAAUCCAAUCAGCGACAUUUUUUCACUGAGUGCCCUGAGAAGUACUGUUAAGUAUCUUCCAAGAUCCGUAAAGGAUCCUGAAGAUCAUGAAGCCCAAAGUGAGAUGCUACUCGCUGCCACGCUAGCCGGUGUUGGUUUUGGUAAUGCGGGGGUUCAUCUCUGUCAUGGAAUGUCAUACCCCAUCUCCGGUCAAAACCCGGGCUACAAGCACGCGGGCUACGAAAUAGAAUCACCCAUCAUCCCUCACGGCGUCUCAGUCGCCGUAUCCGCACCCGCAGUCUUCCGAUUCACCGGCCCCUCGAACCCCGAUCGCCACCUUGCCGCCGCCGAAUGUUUCGGCGUAGACAUCACGAACGUAAAGCGCGAAGACGCAGGCCGGGUUCUAGCUGACGCUAUCACGGAAUUCCUCGCGGACUUAGGCGAUCAGCCCAAGGGGUUAAAGGAGCUGGGAUUUGACUCGAGCCAUAUCGAGGCCUUGGUUGAAGGUACGAUACCCCAGGCCAGAGUCCUGAUGCUGGCGCCUGGUCUGGCGAAGGAGCUUGAGCGGGAGAGGGAUCAGUUGAGGAGGUUGUUUGAGGAGGCCUUGGUGCAUUGACGAGGGCUGGUUAGGCUGUAUAUAAGCGAUUAACUAGAUAUUUUAUCUAAGUACCUACUCAGCAUGUAGAUAGUUUGAGCUAUAACUGGAACUAUGAGCUCUGAUCAAAGCCAAGCUAAUAUUUCAAGCUCUUCAGCUCAUACAUAACAUAAUUCGAAAAAUCAGUACGAACUGUUUAACAGUUUUCGUAGCCAUGCAAUUUUAUAAAAUAGAAACGUACAAAUUUAGAGGUAGUUUAGGAACAUUGCGGUGGUGAGACAUAGGUACCAAGAUGGUCAGUUAUAAUUGUAAGGGGGCCGGGUUGGCCUCCGAAUAAUAGCGAAUGCAGGUGCUAACCAACCCCCACGUUUUAGUGAGCGUUAGGCGGGCAGCCUUUGUUUCCUGCCUCUUCAACUUUCU